AGACCCUUCAUAGGGAUUGGAACGAAAGAAGGCAAAAGGAGGAAGAGGAGAUAUUAAACUACAAAUAGCCUACAGUUCCCGGCAGGCAAAGCGGCUCAAACUCGGCUGAGAGCUUCCGGAGUUCCGCAGAGAAGACAGGCUGUUGGGGCUCGGGGACGGCCAUGCCCAUCGAGGUGGAGCGGAAGUUCGCGGUGCGCCCCGACACAGAGCAGCGUUUGGCGGCCCUGGGUGGGCAACGCCUGGGCAGCCGCUCUCUGCUGGACCGCUACUUCGACACUGACGACCUGCGGCUCACGUCGGCGGACCUGUGGCUGCGGAGCCGCGAGGGCCGCUGGCAGCUGAAAAGCCCGGUCGGGGCGGGGCCGCAUGCUGGCGGGACCACCCGCUACCGCGAGACCACGUCGGAGGCCGAGAUCCUGGCCCUGCUGAGGCCCGUGCUCUCUGCCAUCGAGGGCGGCCUGGACCGGCUGGCAGAGACCGGGCACCUGCGGGAGUUCGCCACCAUCCGCACCCAGCGGAUCUCCUACCGCCUCCCUCAGGGGUUGCUGGUGGACUUGGACCUGGCCGACUUUGGCCACCAGGUGGGCGAGAUUGAGGUGGAGGUGGGCACCGAGGACGAGGUGCCCGCGGCCCAGGCCAGGAUCGAGGAGAUGGCACGCAGCCUGGGUCUGGACGGUGAGGAGGUCCUUCCCGGCAAGAUGCACAUCUUCCUGCAGAAGUUCCGCCCACUUCACUUCCAGAAACUCUUGGAUGCCAGAGUCCUGUAGCCGGACUCGGGGAGAGUUGGGAGUGGGGGGGCAGUGUUUUGGGAGCUCAGCAUCUCCACUGGGAGCAGCAGGUGAUAUUUGCCCCGGUGCUGCCCUCGCAAAGCUGCAACCUGUGUUCUGAACCCCCCCCCCCCCCCCCCCACCGUUUCCCCAGGCCCAGAACUUCCGGUGCUGUGCAAGGUGUCGAGGCAGCUGAGGUUGCAGACUCCCCAAUGCUCUGGAAAUACCCCCCAUCCGCCUCCGCAGGGUAUGGCGAUUUCAUCAGACUGGGGCGUCCACCCGACUGCAACCCCCACUCCACCCGGAGCUUCACACAACACUUUCAAUGAGUGACUCUGGUUCCGGUAACUUGGCACGUCACAGACAGAUGAAAUAAUGACAGUGAUUGAUUGCGUGUCUGUACUUUCCCACGGGCAAUGUAACUCGAUUGUAACGGCACUUUUUCCAGCUGGAGCAUACAGCUCCGCUGUAAUGAACACAAAUGCAUCGA